AUGUCCAUGGACCUUUCCUUGAUCAAGCAGGGUCAACAUGAAAGUCUCUCAGAUUUUCAUCGGCGUUUCAUCCACGAAGCCUUACAAGCUGACAACAUAGAUGAAUGGGAUGUCCAGAAUGGUUUUAUCCAAGGGCUCAACCCAUUUGGAAAAUCCUCAAUGCUAAGAGUAAAAAUCUCGACUAAACCUCCUAGGAACUCCCAAGAGAUGUGGGCUAUCGUCGAGAACCAUAUUCAACGAGAGCACACACUCAAGAGAUCACAAGAAUCUUUCACGGCAAUAGGGCCAAGAAACAAACCAAGGGUUAACACGAAAAGUAGGACACCGUUGCCUAAACUCGAUAGGCAGUUGACGCCUUUAACUAAGCUAGGCGAGAAAUCCUCCAGAUCCACAAAGGACGAGUUACCAACCCCAAAAACUUUAGCGCCCAAUCCAAACAGGCCGACGGAACAAUAUUGUGAAUAUCACAAAGACCACGGCCAUGAUACUGAGGAUUGUCGAGAACUCAAGAGGGAAAUCGAGAAUGGAGUUAAGUCUGGUAAAUUCCAACAAUAUGUGCAAGGACCCUCUCGACAAAGAAGUAGCAAGCCUGGUACAUCCCAAAAUUUUCCUAAACGGAAUUUCAGGGGUCCUCGAGGAGAAAGCCGUGGGAAUAAUUGA